GCCAAGUUGUGGGUGGUUCUGGGACCAGGAUCCCAGGUUCCCAAGACUCCACACGGAAGUGGGCGGUUUUCGACGGCCCCUGUUGCCAGGUCCCCAGAUAAACCACACCCACACAGAUACACACACAGUGACGAUAAUUUUUCAUCUUUCCAAUAUCCCACUCGACUGGCAAAAUAUUCGCUUUGCCUUUUGGCUAAAAAUAUUUAAAAAUCCAAAAAUCCACUCGUGUCGCUGGCGGCCGCUUCAACCUACUACGGCCGCCUGUUUUUCAUAAUUUUCAGUUUUAUUUAUUUAUCCUAUACAUACUCGUACGUCCGCAUAUAUUGCUGGCUCUCUGGCCGGCCGUCCGUCUGUUUUUUGUUGUGCGACUGCCGAAAGUUCUGCGCCUUUGCGCUGCCCGUCUCACUUGGCAAGUCGUCGUGUUUGUUUAUCCCACCCGCCGACUUCCCGGCUUUCCCAGCCGCCGCCACCCUUGGCCGUGCAUUCUCCCGGUGGCUUCCCACAUUUUCGCGGCCUUUGUCUCCGCCGGAUUUCGGAGUAGGUGGAUGCCGAUCCUAAUUGCCAGCGCCGGGGAACAAAUCACAACUUAAUGGCCGAGUGGUGUACAACUUCCUCGCCCAGAUAUCUUUAUAAAUAUAUAGAGUAUGUGCGCAUAUAGCUGGCAUCGGAAGACAGCUGUGUGCAUUGGCAGAUGCCAUCAGCAUCAGCAUCAGCAGCAGCAGCAGCAUCGGCAUCAUCAUCGGCUCGUCCAUCCCGUCCAUUGCGUAUGUGGGGGAAGUCCAUAAAAAAAGAAACCAAACCAGCACACAGUUAUAAAAAUAAAACUAUUUUCGUAUGGCCCGUGCAUAUAGACGCUCGAUCGUUAGACAGCAGCGCCGAUCGGCGCAGCCACAGUCGACUCUUGGCACAGUUUUCCAGAGCACAGAUUGGUCCAUAAAUCAAUCGAACCAAAUUAAAUUAAUUCAAUUCCCGAACACGCAAAACACAAGAACCAAUCUCAUCGCGGCAACAUGUGUUCGGAUCUGUAUGUGUCGGAUAGACUAAAAGUUAAUGCAUAAAUUCUAGUCGAUUUGUCUUUUUCCGCUUACUGAAGUUUUAUUUGAACAACGUCAGGAAAGGGAAAAAGGCGUAUUUACUAAGAGUUUGGCCAUCAGUUUCACCUUCAACGGAGCAAUGUGUCCACUCCUCUUCGUUAAGGUGAGUAUGCCCCAAUUUCCUUCAUAAUUGCGAAAGUCUCAUGGGGAUAUAUUUCAUCUGGCUAAUCAAAGUCACCAGUUUCAACGACGCAUGCCACUCAUUUUGCGGCUCGUUUGUACUCAUUAUUAUCGAAAUCAUUAGCAGCCAACAAACAUGUCCCCGAACCAGACAGAAAACUCUAAUUAAACUCAAAGGGUGGACCCUCAAUCUUUUCUAUAGAGCUUACAAUUUUAUUAUUCUAAAUUAAAAAACACAGAAAGGGAGUAAGAAGUAAUUUUGGUAAAAUUAUAAAUCUUCAUAUUUUCAGUUCCAUAUUACAAUGAAAAAAUGAAAUGAAAACCUAUGGAAAAUCGAUUUAGAAUUGAAAAUGGCUACCCCUAAAGUAUUUGAAAUACGUGUUUGCAUUUGAAUUCUAAAAAGUUAGGUCCUCUAAUUUCAAAAGAAAUGAAAUUACAUAGAAUGGAAAAAUAUUUUCCGCAUAUAUCAAUUCAGUAACUUUUUCUCGAUUUAGAUUUUUCUGUUGCUCAACUUUUAUUCUGAAUUUUGGCGAUUCGAUUGGUAAUGAAUUAUUUCACAACCCGAACAAAGAAACAAUACUUGCCAGAUUCCCCGGUAUGCGAAAUUUAACAAAUUGCUUCGCCCGCCGGCAGCAGAUCCAAUUCAGAUCCAAAUCGGGGCAUUCUUCGGCAUUGCUGUACCGUUUCAAAUGAAACGAAAAUUAAAUGUAAAAUUUAUUGUUGCAUAAACAAAAUGCCAGGAAACCGACCGCAUCCAAAUCGAACGAUGCGUAUGUGGCACCUUUAAGUAUUCUGCCCCUGCCCGCGAUGGUUUUAGCCCAUCCUCGCCCGCAUCCUCAUUCGCAUCUCGAUCUCCAUCUCCAUCUCCUUCUCCAUUUCCAUCCGAAUCCCCAUUCCCAAUCCCCAACAUCUCCAUCUGACCGGCUGCUAUGUGGAACGCAUAUAAUAUGGUCGGCUGGAGAGGAUGGAGAACUUAGUGCUGCCUCAUGCCCAGUGGCCAAAAAUAACAUCAAUGGGGGCAGAGCGCGGUGUGUUUGCUUUGUUUAUAGUUUUCGUGUAAACAAUUGCAAGCGGAAAAACCAAUCCGGCAUGUUCGCGUUCGAGAAAAAUCGAAUCUGGAAAAUGCCCAAAAAAUGUAAAACCGAAGCGGUUGCAGCUGAAAUGGAACUCAAGAGCGUAGGGAAAAGUGAGCAGGGGAACCACAUCUAUCUUUAGUAGUCAUAAUUUUCAACAAUUCGAAAGAAAAAUAAAUCUCGGACCAGAAAAAAAAAGAAAAGCCCUUAAACGGUUAAACAACUUUUAAUGUAAUCAAAGAGAAACGCAAAAUUAUUGCGAAAUUAUUAUUAAUACAAAUUUGGCUAAUGUAUGAACUCAUAUUUCUUAUGAUCACAACAGUAAACAAGAAAUUAUGUUUUGGGUCAAUGUCGUAAAAAAUGUAGUAACACAUGUCGCCAAUUCAAUCAGUUUCGAAUCUCUCGAGUUCAGAUGUUGCUUCCCACCUCUUCGAAUGCUUCGAUGCCGGGGCGAUGAGCAAUAAGACCCUGGACAUAAAUUAGGAACCCCGAAUUGCAGGCCGAGAUUCGGAAUUGCAAUGGGAGAUGGGAGAUGGCAGAUGAGCCUGGAUCCCACACAGUACAUAUUGCCAUAUUGUGUGUAUGUAAGUGGCUGGAUAUUGUCCGAUAACCGGUAAGCAGGCGACCGCAAUGCCAAUUCCAAUUCAGUUUUGGCAAUAUAAAGAGCUGUCUUCGCUGAAUCAGAGUCAAAUCAAAGUCGGCUCCCCAUCCAGACAGCAGCAUGUUCAAGAUUGUGAGUAUCGCAGCAUCGGGAAGAGACCACCACUAGGAUUACCCCAUUCCAAAUCGUCUCGCCAGGUCAUCAUCUCGUUGGCCCUUUGCCUGGCGGUCGUUCUGAGUGCCCCGGUGGACCAUGUGACCUCGACCACCCAGCCGCCGGUGGCCAUCCUCGAGUCCUCCCACGAAAAGCACGAGGACGGAUCCUACAACUUCUCCUAUCUCGGCGAGGACGGCACCCACCGCCACGAGGAGGCGGUGGUCAGGAACCAGGGCACCGAGAACGAGUACCUCGAGAUCAGCGGCUCCUACUCCUACUUCGACGCCAAUGGCAAGGAGGUGACCGUCACCUACAAGGCCGACGACCACGGAUUCGUUCCCGAGGGCGGCGCCAUCCUGCCCCAGAUUUCGCUGGCCGCCAAACAGGUCAGCGAGCAGGUGUCCCAGCCAGAUCUCGACUACGUCAAGCCCCCUAAGCCCUAAGUCCCCAAAGGUUCAAUAAACGAAUGGUGCAACUGACAUGGAACUUAAUUCCGGUGUUCUAACUUUAAACUUCAGAGUUAGGAAGCAAUGCAGGUGGCUUGAGGUAAUUAGCUGAAGAAGUUUAUAAUUUUAAGACAUUGAAGUAAACAUUUAAAUUAAGGGCUGAGAAAUUGCUGAUCAAAUAGGUAAUCAAUCAAAUCUUUUUGGCCUAUUUAUUUACACGUAAACAAAGGUUUCCGGAUUGUUAAUUAUUCAACUGAAAGGAAAGUGGUCUGCAGAACACGUUUAUGAAUACCUCAGACAACAAUACAUUUUGAUGAACGGAAGGUAGUUUUAAUUAUAUCCAGUACCAUUUAGCGUGGUGAU